AGACAUUUGGCUUGCCAAAAUCUCUCGAAGUUUCCUUCCUCGGUAUUAAUUCAAGCCCCCUAAAAACGAAUCUAAUGAGAUAUUUUCUUCUCUCUCUUAAAAUCUCACGUUGUUUCUUAUCCCUGCUGCUCCUGCCUCUCUCUCUAGUUUCUAUGGUUUGAGGGGUAUCGUCUCGUUUCUGCGCGCGGGAGUUCCGGUGUGUUUGGAUAUUUCUGGUUUUGGUGGGUUCCGGCUCUGGUUCAUUUUUUUUCUAUGGAUCGGGAAGGAGGAUCCAACGGCGGAUCGUCUUGCUACUACUCCGUCCUCGGGAUUCGCAAGGACGCCUCCUUCUCCGAUGUCCGCACCGCCUAUCGCAAGCUUGCUAUGAAAUGGCAUCCCGACAGGUGGGCCCGGAACCCGUCGUUGGCGGGGGAUGCGAAACGGCGGUUUCAGCAAAUCCAAGAGGCUCACUCUGUUCUCUCGGAUCAGUCGAAGAGGUCAAUGUACGACGCCGGGCUCUACGAUCCUCUGGAGGACGAAGACGAGGAAUUUUGUGAUUUCAUGCAAGAGAUGCUGUCCAUGAUGAACAAAGUAAAGGACGAGAGGGACAGUUUCGAGGACCUGCAGAGGAUGUUUGCGGAGAUGGUCGGUGGGGAUGGGAUGAAUUUGAUGAGGGGUUUCGACGUUAGCGAGGAUCCGACGGCAACAAAGAAGGCACGUGUAACGUUGUCGUCGUCAAAGGCAACAAAACGCAGCGGCUCUCGCUGUUAACAUGGUGAACCGGAUCCAAACCUCUGUGCAUGGCCUUUCACACCCAGUAAUUUGUUCAACUUAAUUAAUUAAUUACCCAGAAAUACAUUUUAAGAUCUCGUUGUCAUUGAGUUGGGCUGGGAAAGGUAUUGAACUGUUUACUUUGCUGGGGGCUGUUAGUCUUAGGCAAUUUAGCUGCCUUUUUUAAAUGAAAAUAUGUGUUUUAACUUUGGGUUCUCAUUCUAAAUAAUGAAACUUGCCCCCUUUUUUUUUAAUA